GUCAGUUCGUGAAGUCGUCAGCCAGUCUAAAAUAUACGGACUGGAAAUCUCACGGUUAGUGCCACACAUGGAGGACGAUAUAAUUUUAUAAAAAUAAGUUUUCGAAUAGUGAAUCAUAUAAGGAAGCUUGGCAUUUUGCAGAUGAAAAAUAUUUUUUGAAAUGUUUUCCAGUAUUCCCAGGUCGUUUUUGUGCUGCUCCAACGCAAUAGUCCCGAAUCGGGCUCUAGCGUUAGCACUAACAAAAUGUCCAGCAUUAUUAGAACCAGCGUCGCAAUGUCGGAACUACCACGAGGUGACCGGCAAUAUUAUAUGCCCCAACAUGGUGAGGGGUAUCGAUCACCUCAGAGACCCUCGCCUUAACAAGGGUCUUGCAUUUACGUUAGAAGAGCGUCAAGCCCUUGGCAUUCAUGGUCUCUUAGCGGCCAAGUUUAAAUCACAAGAGGAACAACUGGAUAUUUGCAGAAUAUCAAUCGAUAGAUAUGAGGACAAUCUGAACAAAUAUCUUUACCUCGUCGAGUUACAGGACAGAAAUGAGAAAUUGUUCUUCCGACUUUUGUCCGAAAACGUCGAAAAGUAUUUGCCAAUUGUUUACACACCCACCGUGGGCUUGGCCUGCCAAAGAUUCGGUCUCAUUUAUAGAAGACCUAGAGGUCUUUUCAUCACCAUCAACGAUAAGGGACAUAUAUUUAAUAUUCUCAAAAAUUGGCCUGAACCUGAUGUUCGUGCAAUAGUAUUCACGGAUGGAGAACGUAUCCUCGGCUUAGGAGACUUGGGUGCAUAUGGUAUGGGUAUACCUGUGGGUAAACUCUCUUUGUACACAGCGCUGGCUGGUAUAAAGCCACAUCAAUGUCUUCCGAUCACAUUGGACGUUGGAACUGAUAACCAGGAUUUACUGGAAGACCCACUUUACAUCGGCUUGCGUCAAAAGAGAGUAAGGGGUAAAGAGUAUGACGAAUUUAUUGACGAAUUCAUGGAAGCGUGUGUCCAAAGAUAUGGACAGAACACACUGCUACAGUUUGAGGACUUCGCGCUCGGUAACGCCGGUCGUCUCCUCGCGAAGUACAGAUACAAGUAUUGCACGUUCAAUGACGACAUCCAAGGAACCGCCAGCGUGGCCGUGGCCGGUAUGAUGGCAGCCGUCAGGAUCACUAAGAGGAAACUCAGCGAAAACAUCUAUUUCUUCCUUGGAGCCGGAUCUGCUGCAAACGGUAUAGCAAACCUUACUGUUGCCGCGAUGGUGUCUGAAGGUUUGACUGAGAAGCAAGCUCAAGACCGAGUCUACAUGUUCGAUAUUGACGGACUUUUGUCUACGAGACGAGAAGGCGGUGUUCCCCCUCACGCGAAGGUCUUCGGCAAGGAUGUCGAGCCCGAGAAGGACUUUGAGAAGUGCAUUGCAAAGAUUAAACCAAGCUGCCUUAUAGGUUGUUCUACUGUGGGAGGUGCGUUCACUCCGAACGUUUUAAAGCAAAUGGCUCUGAACACCGAACAUCCGGUUAUCUUCGCCCUCUCCAAUCCCACCAGUAAAGCAGAAUGUACCGCACAGGCAGCAUACGACAACACUGAAGGUCGCUGCAUUUUUGCUUCGGGCUCCCCCUUCCCCCCCGUUCAGUAUGGCGGCAAGGAGUACCUCACGGGACAAGGAAACAACUCUUACAUCUUUCCCGGAGUGGCUCUCGGGGUUAUCGCGACGGCGACCCAUCACAUACCGGAGACCAUGUUCUUGACUGCUGCUCGGACUCUAGCUAACUAUGUUAGCACAGAUGAUCUGGCGCUUGGUCGUAUUUAUCCAUCUCUCGCUGAAGUAAAGGAGGUUUCACUUGCAAUAGCAAUAGAGGUCGCAAAGAUGGCUUACGACGAAGGUCUUGCUUCAGUUUAUCCCCAGCCGAAGGAUCUAGCUAAGCAUGUCGAGAACCAGAUGUAUAACUACAACUACGAGAGCUCCAUGCCCAUCGUGUGGGACUGGAAACCAGAAGAGAAGUUCAACAUUAGACCAAUACAACCAGUACCCAAAAAUAUUUAAACAGUAUUUUUUUUUUAUCUAUUCAAAGCAUUUUGCGACAAGGUUGAAAGAUUUUGUGUUUUUUUUUAAUUAUUAUUUGAUACACAAUGUAUUACCUCCGUAUUAGCUAAUUUUUAAGGUUUUUAUGAAACGAGAUUGAAUAAGUCAAGUUAUUAUAAUGAUACUAGAGUAAUUGUUGAUUAUAAGGAGAGUUUUAGUCCCAUUAAAAAAUGCAUGAUUAAAUUAAGUAAAAUUGUAGAAAUAAUCAAUUAUACGUAUAUUUCUAAAAAUUUCCAUCAGUCAAUGUGUUCAAACUGUGCACAGAUUAAAUAUUAGAAAUUUCUAGAAUUACUAUAAUACCGUGACUUGUUUGAUUCGACAAUGAAAAACAACGCUUCUAAAGCAACUGUAUUAAGAAUAUAUUUUGAAGAUCAAAGAGUAUUUAUAAAAUUUAAUUGAUGCAUAUUUUGAUUUGUAAACAUAAUUUUUGUCUGACUUCUAUAUAAAAAAAAAACUAUUUAUCGUAGUUUGUAGCUAUGGUUACUCUAUAAUAUUUAUUGUAUGUAUGUUUGUGCCAGUAGAUGUAAUACCGUUGUUUGUGCAACGUAUAUGUGGCCAGUAUCGCUUGAGCCCCGUUUACGACUAAUACAAAUUCGGUAAUAUUAGAUCUGUUUCGUGCAAAAAAAAUAUUUAAAUUAUUUUUCAAAUUUAGUGAUCUUUAAUGAUUCUUAACUGGUCUUAAAUUAUUAGUUACGUUUUAUAAAACCUUUGCCCGUGUAUUUUUGAGUAUUACGUCAUUUCUGUACGAAAUUCAACGUCUAGUCACCGCAGCAUUACGUCAUCUAAUACUAUACUUAAAUUCUUACUUUUAAAUAAUAAAAUAACAUAAAAGACAUGUAGGGACAUUAUUUGUAAGAAAAUGUAGAUCCAUAAUGUAUUUAUAUAUUAUUAUCAACUUUUAUCUAUUUAUAUAUUAGGCCCUAAAUUGGUUCGAUCGACCACGAAGUGAGACAUUAUAUUUAUAAUUAUUUACUUAAAAUGUAUGUUACACAACUGAACAGUUGAACGUGUUUAAUUAACUUUGACGAAUGCUUUAUGUCAUCAGCUAUAUACUUCGACUGGGAAUAAAGUAUACGUAUUUCGUUCAGUAUUUUAAUAUAGUGAGACAGGUUUUAUUUUCGCUGAGCGAAAAAAAAUAUUAAUUUAUGUUGAUUCAAGUUUUGUGUAAAUUUAUGUUAAACCCGGUAUCUCUUGAUACGAAGUGAUUAUGUUGCUGUGAGGUGUAUGUAGGUUUUGAACUAACCACCCGUGUUAAUGUUUAAAUUAAUUUGUUGGUUGUGCUUGUUCUGUUCUGUUAUGGACUAUUAUGUAAUUUAUCACUAUUUCAUCUUUUUUUUUUUCUUGUGAUAGAUAAUAAAAUUAGAUUAUAUAUAGUGCUGUUCAAUAGAAUUUAUAUAAAUUAAAAGCUUAAAGUUUUGUGAGCUCAAAACAAUACAUUUAAUAUUUAUUUUAAAUUAUUAUUAAAUAAUAAGAAAAUAAAUAUAGAUAAAUAACAACGAAAUAAUCUAUAAAGGCGUUCUAUAUACAUUUGGCGUAAGACCGAAAAUUAACAGCGGUUUGGAGGUGUUCACGGUUUCGCGUAAGUUAAAAAUUCAACAUUUAUCUAUGUUUGAACUAGAAUGAUGUAUUUUUUUUUAUGAAUUCUAUUGACAUGAACUAUUUAAACAUAGUACAGUUCGAGAACUACCCGUGACGUGUUGCUUUAUUCGUUAUAAAAUAUUCUAAUUUUCAAUAACCACACUUAUUAAUGUUACGCACUAUUGGCGAAGCAAUAAAACAAUCGGAUUAUAAAAUGUUAUGAUAUUAAUAAAAAAGAAAGUCUUUAAAGACUAAUAUCCUAGUAAAACGUUUGAACUCGUUUUAUUUCGUGUGGUUGUUAAUAUUAUAGUCACAAUUUGAAGUGCCGUAUUAUAUAUUACUAAUAAUGCGUGAUUGUAUGAAGUUGCUAUAAAUGUCACAUUUUCUUCAAUCUAUUUCACUGUCAUAGAAAAGAGUCUAUGUGAAGAUUAUGGUAUUUAUUUAAACUUAUUUACGUUAAUGUAUUUAUUAUUUUGUUGUUUGGCUUAAAUCGAUGUCGGUGUGUUAAGGUACUCGUUGCUUAAGGUCGAAUAAUGAUUCGUGUGACCUUUGCCUAACAGUAAUUGUAGUAUGACAUGGGUUCGGUGUGUUUAUGUUCAGUGUACUAGGUCAAUUUAUUUACAAUUUAGAAACUUCAUGGAAUACAAGGCGUUUAUGUGUUUGUUCUCUAGAAAGUAAAUUGUUCAAUUAUAUCGAAUGGAUGUUACUAAUUAAAAAUGUUCAAAACCUUA